AUGAAUAACCGACAAGAAUUUACGGAUAAAAUAAGGGAAUGGUACAAUUGGUUAACUACCCACGUACCGUCAUCCAUCAGGAAAGGCGUGUCCGACGCUUUUAACACCAUGAGGAAGAAGGUUGUAAAAUUAUACAGCGGCAAAGAGGAAGAAGAAGACCAAUGGUACGACGCAAGGGAGAACCUCAGCGACGAGGACGAACAGUGGUACGACGUCAACCCGGAAGAGGACCUAAACCCGUCCUAA